UUUUUUUCUCUUUACUAUCUCUCCAUCAUGGCAAUCGAAAUGGUCGGCGGGCAGAGUGAUGAUGUCCACCAGACACCCGUCAACAUCACCCCCACUCCGAUGGAGGACUACACCUUUCCGGAGUAUCGCCUCAAGCGCACGAUGAACGACCCUGAAAAGACCCCUCUCUUAUUGGUCGCUUGUGGUUCCUUCUCACCAAUUACCUAUUUACACCUGCGAAUGUUCGAAAUGGCCAACGAUCACGUCAGAUUCGGCACCGACUUCGAACUUAUUGGAGGAUAUCUGUCGCCAGUGUCGGACGCCUACCGUAAGGCAGGUCUGGCCAGUGCGGAGCAUCGAGUUGCGAUGUGCCAACUUGCAGUCGAUCAAACCUCCGACUGGCUGAUGGUGGAUACAUGGGAGCCAAUUCAGAAGGCCUAUCAACCAACUGCUGUGGUGCUGGAUCACUUCGAUCAUGAAAUCAAUGUGGUCCGUGGCGGGGUGGACGCCGGAAAUGGAACCCGGAAGCCCGUUCGCAUUGCUCUGCUAGCCGGUGCGGACCUGAUCCAUACUAUGUCCACACCAGGUGUAUGGAGUGAGAAGGAUUUGGACCAUAUUCUGGGCAAAUAUGGCUCUUUCAUUGUGGAGCGCAGUGGCACAGAUAUUGAUGAAGCCCUAGCCAGCUUGCAGCCCUGGAAGGACAAUAUCCAUGUCAUCCAACAGCUCAUUCAGAAUGAUGUUAGCAGCACCAAGAUUCGACUCUUCUUACGACGUGAGAUGAGUGUGCGCUACCUCAUCCCGGUUCCCGUCAUUCAUUACAUUGAGCAGCAUCAUCUAUAUGAGGAUGAUGGAACGACAGAGAAGGGCAAAGAGAAACAGGAGGGUCGAUAAGGAUGAUACGACCAUCUACUACUGCCUGUUGAGGCAUA